AUGUCAAAAGGGGGGCGACUCCUGUUCCUGGUUGUGUGGUUAAACCUGGUGCCUCGAGGAGUGGAUGGCUGCCCGGCCAAAUGUGUGUGUUACAGCGAGCCACGGCCCACCGUGGCCUGCCAGCAGCAAGGACUGUUCUCCAUUCCUACCGAGAUCCCUGUGCGGAGCCAGCGUAUAUUUCUCCAGAGCAACAAGCUGACCGUGGUCCGCUCCACCAGCUUCAGCUCCGUGCACAACCUUACCGUUCUCUGGAUGUACUCCAACAAUAUCAGCCACAUUGAGGCCGGGGCCUUCUACGGUCUGGAGCGGCUAGAGGAGCUGGACAUUGGGGACAACAGUAACCUGAGGAUCAUCAGUCCCACAGCCUUCAGGGGUCUGUCCAAGCUUCACACCCUCCACCUGCACAGGUGCGGCCUGUCGGAGUUACCUGUCGGAGCGUUCCAGGGACUGUUCUCCCUGCAGUACCUCUACCUGCAGGACAAUAACCUGCUGGCCCUGCACAACGACACCUUCCUGGACCUGGCCAACCUCACAUAUCUGUUCCUGCACAACAACAAGAUCAAGACCGUGUCGGACCACAUGCUGCGCGGCCUCAUCAACCUUGACCGCCUGCUGCUGCACCAGAACCGGGUCAUCUACGUCCAGCCGAGGGCAUUCAGCGACCUGGGGAAGCUGACCACGCUGUUCCUGUUCUACAACAACCUUACCGUGCUGACCGGGGAGACCAUGGACCCGCUGGUGUCCCUGCAAUACCUGCGUCUCAAUGGGAACCAGUGGGUGUGUGACUGUCGGGCCAGUACCUUAUGGGACUGGUUCAAACGCUUCAAGGGCUCCAGCUCUGAGCUCGAAUGUAACGUCCCCUUGGAAUUGUUCGGGAAGGACCUGAAACGGCUGAAGAGUAACGACCUGGAAGGGUGUGUGGAGACACCCCAGAUCCAGACCCAGCUCUUCAGCUCCAAGCCGCGUUCCGGAAAAUUCCCCUCCACUGAAAAUCCUCUGGGAGAUGGAAUUCCCAGAUGUUGUCUUCCAGACAACGAUAAGUCCUCUAUCAUCUCCGGGAAAACGAUCGCUGACCCCUCAUCUUACAACAGCCGUCAGAUCACCAACAACCCCCUCAAGGAGAAGGAGAACAUAUCCAAGACCAAAUUCAGAGAGCAUGAGCGAACGAAAAACGAGACCAUCCGGAAUAAGCAGAGUCUCAACGACGGGCCACUGGGGACCCUGUCCAACAACCUUGACCAGUCAUUGGUUCAAAUUGAAGACCUGGAACCUUCUACAGCCCCAACCAGGAAGAAAAAGAAGUGCACUAAAAAGCCAAAAUCUGACGCCCAGUGUCUCAAAGGCCAUGGAUCUACAAUGCAGGUGGCGCUGAGUUCUCUCUUCAUGUCCAUAAUCUGGAUCUGGUUCUCGUUGGCCAUGUCUUAG